AUGGUACUCACACCCCAACAGCAUCAGAUGCCAUCAUCACUCCUGACAGAAGAAGAAUCACCACAAUCCAAUAAUACCCAUCCUACAUUAUUGAUAGGAUCAACAACAUCGAUUCUCUCAUCAGUGCCAUCAUCAUUCACAACAUCACGAUCAUCAUCACCUCCAUCCACUCUACAAGGAGGAUUAUUACCCACGAUGAUGAAUCAUCAUCCAUACACCACUACUACUACCACUUCUAAUACAACACCACCACCUACUCCUACAACCACCACCACGACAAGUAAUCAUGCUCAUCACUCUUUCAUGAAUUCAUUAUCUUUUCACCAUCAUCACGCCAAGAAAUCUUUUACAAUGCUUCAUUCCCGAAUCCUCUUUUCCAUUCUCACUCUUGUAACACUUUUCAUUUUUGUCUAUGUGGUCAUUUAUUUGAAAUCAACAUCUUCCAAUCAUGUGCCAAUUAUUGAUGAUGAUUCUUUUGAAAUACUCUCUAAUGAUGAUUCUUUUGAAAUACACUCUAAUAGACACACUCCAGUACCAUUGACACCCGAAGAAGAAUUUACUUUUUUAGAAAAUUACAAAAAAAAACAAAUCAAUUCUCAAUGUUCUAUUGAAAAGAAUGAUGGAAUGCUCACAAGAGAAAUCAUUGGACCUCAUGUAUGGAAUGUAUUUCAUGCAUUUAUUGAAAAUUAUUCAGAUCAAGAUGAUUCUAAAUUAUUACAAUGGAUUCAAUUAACAACAGAAUUAUUUCCAUGUCAACAAUGUUCGAAUGAUUUUAGAGGAAUUUUAAAGAAAUUUCCAUAUCGAGGAUUUGAAAGUUACUAUAAAAGUAAGAGUCGAUGGAUGUGUAAAUUACAUAAUUUAGUGAAUAGAAAGACACACAAAGAGAAAUUAUUUGAUUGUGAUAAUGAAAAGGAAUUGAGAGUGAAAUAUAAAUUACAAAAAUGUUAA